UAAUAAUGCAUAGAGGCCUUGACAUACCCAUACUUCAUAAUCUAUGCUUGCGCAGUCGCGCAUAUCGGUUCAAGAUUCAAAUUUUAAUAAGAGCGUUCCGUGGUUAAAAUUGUCAAAGACUAAACUAAUCAUUUAAUAUUUUCUAUUUGAAAAUGCAAUUAUGAGUAUAAAUAACGAAGCUUUAGUAAAUCAGGAAAUCGUAUGCCGCAUUUUUAUAGAAGAUAUAAUAAAUCGCCAUUUGACUGGAUUUGUAGAAAUAUCUACACCAGGUGAAGCCAUCAUCAAAUAUGCUCUGAUUGAGAUUUCAGGAAUCUCAACAUGUGAAUUUCCCUUGGAAAGAAAUGUAUUUAAGUUUCCUCGGUAUUAUAAAAAAGGUUUACAAUUCAAUGGAGAGGAAGUUUUUUACUAUACAAGGCAUACUUUAUGUGGUGGAAAUUUGGCACAUAAACAUAAAGGUGUUGAAGGCUAUGAGUUUUCCUGUGGUUGGCCCACACGUCUUCCAGCUACAUGGAAUGGUGAAUAUGGCUCGAUUAGGUAUUGGGGCAAAAUAACUAUUAUCGAAAGUUCUGGUGUAUUUAUUCACAACCAAGAAAUUCUCGUAUCAAAUAAAAGGGAUCUUUCAUUGGAACAAUACUUGAAAUUUGAAUCUCAAAUAAAAGUACAUAGACCAAUAAAUUUCAUUAAGUAUUUUGGAUAUGUGGAUAUCGAUGUUUGGACACCUUUCAGUGGAGUGGCAAUAAACCAGAGUAUCCCUGUUUUAUGUACAGUUGAUAAUCAUUCAAAUAUGCUAUUUGGGGGCAUAAUUUUCGUUUUGACACGUGUAGAUAUAUACAGGGCUUCUAGACCCUUUACCAGGACAAAAACUGUAAGAACAGAUAUCUGCAGAGUUCCUAAAAUGGUGAAUAUUACAAGGGGAAGAACAGAUUACUACUGUGUUUUGAAAACAGAUGAACAUACCCUUCCUACAAACCAAUUUUAUAAUUGCACUUGUUGCCAAAUUAUUUAUGAGCUAUGGGUAUCUGUACAAGGAGCUUUUCGCCGAUAUGGGCCCUGUGGAUAUCCUAGUAUUGAUACAUCUGGUAUACCAAUCAUUAUAGGUACUGAACCAAUCUUCAAGUACAAUGUCUCAAAAAUAACGGCAAAUAUAAUGAAUAUAUUGCUCACCCCUAAAAAUGAUAUACAAAUAACAGAUAAUGUACCUAUAGAUGAAGAAGUUGAACAACUUUUAAAUAUUGCAGAGGAAGAAUUAGAUUUAAAAACUAUUCAGAAUUUAAAUAGACAACUAAAAUACAAAAAUGAAAGUGAAAUGACUCACAGAAAAAUAGUCGAGUAUCAACAACCCACUGAUCCUGAUAAAUCCAUCAUUAAAGAAAAUAUGAAAACAUUCUUUGAAUCUACUGAUACUGAGAAAAGUGAUAUUAAAUGAUCAAAAAU